CGGAUGCUGAAACUCCAGGAAUCUACUCGUGUAACGACCCGAUGCCUACUACCUAGUAGACAAUUAACCGUUGUUUGUAUCCGUAGCUUCCCCGAUCACCUGGUCAUUACUGGGUUGUUCCUUCUUCUAUCGAGUAUACAAAUAUCUAGUACCUGACACCAAUCCCUUAGCCGAAGCGCAAGUGCAUCUAGGCAUUUUUAAUUUCAUACAAACCCGCGAACUCAAUUGUUAUCAGUCCUGUACUUCUUCAGCAUUUUUGAAUCACUGGAUCCUAGAUUGGCCAUAAGACAUAAUCCGGUCAUCUGUUCAUCUGGUCAUCUAGUCAUUUCUAAUCUGACAUCCCACAUUCCUGGUCUCAAUCUGGAAUCUUAAAUUCAUGUGUCGGACAAGCUCGAGACUGUCUUGCGUCGAGCUGGCGAGUUAGCGAUUUUGCGCCUCACAACGGCCGAUCUGGAGAUCCGCAUCUGGACAUCUGUCCACCCUACUACGCUCUUGUACGAGGCGAAGAAAACAAUGGACCUCAUUACACAUCAUCUUUCCUGAAAAUUCAUAUUCUAUAUCAUAAUACCUAUCCGACCACCCCCUUCAUCAAAUGAGUUCUAAAAGCAUCUAAGCCACCAGCUAUUGGCGAAAUACCGAAAUCACCCCUCGGCGCAACAUGACAGCGCCACAACUAAAUGGCACCAAUGGGGUGCGUUCCGCGAACGUACCCACGAACGGAACCGCAAGCACUAAAGUCACGAAACCUAGAUUUUUCGAGGACUACGGGAUAUGGAAACAGGCUCCUAUCUUAACUGGAUCUACCAAGUUUGAACCCCUGUCAGAUGUGAAAAACAUCAUGAUUACAGGUGGUGCCGGCUUCAUUGCAUGUUGGCUUGUCCGCCAUCUUACCCUGACUUACCCACAAGCCUACAAUAUUGUAUCGUUCGAUAAGUUGGAUUAUUGUUCCUCGUUGAACAAUACUCGUAUGCUUAAUGAUAAGCGAAACUUCACUUUCUACCAUGGGGACAUUACUAAUCCCUCGGAAGUGCUGGAUUGCAUGGAGCGCUUCAAUAUAGACACAAUCUUUCAUUUCGCAGCGCAAUCGCAUGUCGACUUGAGCUUUGGAAACUCGUAUGGGUUUACUCACACGAACGUAUACGGCACCCACGUCAUGCUAGAGAGUGCGAAAAAGAUUGGUGUCAAGCGAUUCAUCCAUGUAUCCACCGACGAGGUGUAUGGCGAGGUAAAGGAUGACGAUGAUGACUUGUUAGAAACAAGCAUCUUAUCACCAACUAAUCCAUAUGCUGCAAGCAAGGCUGCCGCCGAAAUGCUGGUACACUCUUAUAUGAAGAGUUUCAAACUUCCAGCCAUAAUUGUCAGGAGCAAUAAUGUAUACGGGCCACACCAGUUUCCCGAGAAAAUAAUUCCUAAAUUUAUCUGCUUGUUGAAUCGACAGCGGCCAACAGUGCUCCACGGCGACGGGAGCCCUACUCGAAGAUAUUUAUAUGCUGGUGAUGCGGCCGAUGCGUUUGAUACGAUCUUACACAAGGGUAACCUUGGUCAGGUCUACAACGUAGGAUCUCAUGAUGAGAUUUCCAACAUUGAGCUGUGCAGGAUGCUUCUGACAGAGAUGGACAUCCCUCACAAAAGUCAAGAGGAUUUCAAUAAGUGGGUAAAAUACACACAUGAUAGGCCUUUCAACGACCACCGAUACGCUAUUGAUGCAACUAAGCUACGGCGCCUAGGUUGGAACCCAAAGACUUCUUUUAUUGAUGGCUUGAAGAUCACCGUCGAUUGGUAUAAGCGUUUCGGUGAAGAAUGGUGGGGUGAUAUUAGCAAAGUCCUCAGCCCUUUUCCGAUUGUUGUUGAGGCUGAAGUUGUAUCUGACAAAGAGGAGAUAUGCGAUGAGCCUCAGCGGCCAAAGAAACGAAAGUCGCCUAAUUAGUGGUCAUCAAUAUCCACGUAGGAGUGGAUUAUCCUCGCCUAUACCCCUGACAUUAUUCUAAAGAACGAAUGCAUUGAUGGAGUUGGGACACGUUUAUACGGACGAAGCCUCGGAUUUGGGAGGAAUGGAGAGUACGAUCUCAUUGUGAUAUUGAUACCAUGGGAAGUGCAAGUGGCACAGGUUCCUAUUUCUAUAAGGACAACCUAAAUGCUGGAGCACUAUUUCACCUUAAUCGGCAAAUAACGAAUAGACCAUGAUUUUUUCUCAAGCGUAUACCUAUCUUGGUAAUCCUACUCUAUACUGAGCCGCAAUUCUUGUAAUAUGCACGGGUCUUAUAGAAGUGUCGGUCAAGAUUCUUUGGGGGUGUUAACUAAAUAGACUUUAGGUUACAUUCACCUACUAUUUCAUGAG